AUGUCGUGGUCGUAUUUAAAAAAUCAUUCUCGGACAUUACUUGUUGCUAUUCCAUCAACAGUUGCACUUGUUGGAUGUUUAUGGAGAAUAAUAAAACGGUAUCCAUCUAGUAUUAUUAUGGUUCCAACAGAAGAAAAUCAAUUUAUAAUUGAUCAUUGUCCAUCAUUUAAUGAAUAUCGUCCAACACCAUGGAUAUUCAAUGGUCAUCUUAUGACAGUAUUUGGUGUACUUUUUCGUCCAUUACCUAAAAUUAUAUUUGAACGUAUUCUUCUUCCAGUUGAUGAUGGUGGUGGAACAAUUGCAAUUGAUUGGCAUACAAAACCACAUCCUGGUCAACCUAUAUUAGUAAUUCUUCAUGGAUUAACAGGUGGUUCAGAUAAUGAAUAUAUACGUUGGAUGAUAUUAUCGGCUUCUUCAAAACUUAACAUAUGUUGUGUAGUUAUACAUGCGCGUGGAUGUGGUCGAUCACAAUUAACAUCAGCUCGAUCAUUCUGUGCUGCUAAUACAGAUGACUUACGUAUAUCAAUAAAAUAUAUUCGCUCAAUUAUUGGAGAUCAAACGCCUUUAUUUGCUGUUGGUUAUUCUCUUGGUGCUGGUAUAUUAACAAAAUAUCUUGGUGAAGAAAGUAAUAAAUGUAUAUUAGAUGGUGCAAUUGUAUGUUGUGCUAGUUUUGAUAUGCUUUUAUCAAAUGCAAAUAUGGAACAAUGGUUACAAGUACAUACAUAUAAUCGUCGUUUAACAAAUAAUCUUAUACGAUAUAUCAAACAGCAUGAACAUCAUUUUGCUAAAACAGAAUCAUUACCUAAUCUUAAUAUGAAUGAAGCAUAUCAAUCAAAAACUAUACGAGAUUUUGAUCGACAUGUUGUUGUACCACAAUAUGGUUAUCGUGAUGUUGAACAUUAUUAUAGUGAAGCAUCAUCAAAAAUCUGGUUAAAAUCUAUUCGAAUACCAACACUUAUUUUAAGUGCUAUUGAUGAUCCCAUAUGUCCAAUUGAUGGUUUACCUAUCGAAGAUAUUUUACAAAAUCAAUAUUUAAUUGCAAUAAAAACAUUAGAAGGUGGUCAUGUUAGUUAUCUACAAGGCUGGUGGCCACGAACCUAUUCUUAUGAUAAUGUUGUUGUAAUUGAUUAUAUUAAAGCAAGACUUAAACAAAUGAAAUAUGAACUUGAAACAAAAAUUGAUGAUCAAAAAUCACUUAGUAUUAAUAUUUAA